AUGAACAUUCUUCACUACAGUCCAGAACAAACUGGCUACGGUCAAUUUUCCAACGAAUUCCGGUACCAAAGUCAAACUUCACCUUCCAACAGCACCUCCUCGUCGGAGAACUCGGAUCAACAACAAACAGUUGGCGAUUUUGUUGAUUCUGCCAUCUUCAUGAAUAAUUGGAACGGUGUCGGCGAGUUUCCUGAUAUUGAGGAGGAUAUCAAAAAUGUUUUAACGCCAGCUGAAAAACCAGAAGACGUGAAGGAGGUUGUUGCUUUCCAUCAUUUGCCGCGCAAUGUUUGUCCGACGAUUUGUGCUGUUUGCGGAGACCGAGCCACUGGAUAUCACUACGAGGUUCCAUCGUGCAAUGGGUGCAAAACGUUCUUCCGACGAACUGUGCUCUCUCAGAGGAAAUAUGAGUGCAUGCGAGGUGGAAAAUGUUUCAACACGCUGCCAAAAGAGAAACGAUGCUCGUGCCGAUCAUGUCGAUUUCAAAAAUGUGUCGAAGUCGGAAUGAAUCCAUAUGCUAUCCAAACGAAUGAUUCAUUAUCCGGAAACGCUGUUGUGACAAAGAUAGUAGGAAAACGGAAAAAUUCAGCAGAUGACUCUCUUCCGUCGACUUCUAAGAUGGUGGUCCCAACAGAGGUCAUUUCAAUGGAUAAUGCUAUCGAUAAACUCAUAGAUGGGCUACUGUAUCUUGAAAUCAAAGUUGAUGACUUCCGAAGCUGCGCGUACAAUCCGCCUAACAGCGAGUUCAAAAAACUCCAGUACCUUUUGGAUCAGAAAAGCAUGAUUGGAAUGGUGGAUAAUAUUGGGCCUAUGCCAAACUGGCCGCUCACCCAAAUCAGUCAUGAAGAAAUGAAAGCUUAUCACAAAAGUGGAAGUGUGCUCCCAAUCUCACCAGAGAGGAAAAAUUGGUUCGUUUACGAUUUGUUCACAUCUGUGGAAUACGCCAAAACUUUCAUGUUUCUGCAUCAGAUUUCCAAAGAAGAUCAGAUUCUCCUUCUCCGUGCCGUUGUUCUUAAGCUGAUGCAUCUUAAUCAAUCGUUCUUCUCAUACGAAAAGAAUUUCGAUGUGAUUCUUCAUCCGGAUGGAACAAUUCCUCCUCAUUUGGGCUCAAAGGAUUGGAAUCCACCGCACAAAGAGUUGUUCCAUUAUAAAACACAAGAAGAGAUGCGUGAAGAGUGGUCCGCUGCAAUCAAGGCGUUUGUAAUGUAUGGGUUGGACAAAAAAGAAUAUGUGCUGUUCAAAGCAAUCACCUUGUGCAAUGCUUCUAUCAGUGGAUUGAGUGAUCACGCUGUCGAAGUGGUUACGCGUGAGAAAGAAAAGUACAGUCAAGCACUUAUGCGUUACUGUCUAGCAAGUCGAGGAAUGAAAGGACCUGGUCAAUACGCGGCAAUUCUUGCUCUGAGCAAUGGUCUCGACACUAGAUGCAAAAAUCAAAAGGAUAUUCAUUUGUUCAUGCGUAUUCGACGCAAGGGAUUCCCACAUGCCCUUGUUGAUGACGUCAUGGAAGUUCUGUAA